AUGUUGAUAAAAAGUUGUAAACCUUGUCAAGUUCUGCAGUCUAGUCCUGAAAAGAUAAAGCAAAAAAUUAUUGAAAAACAAGAGAUUAGUGAACGCAACUACCAUGGAAAACGUGAAUUAGAACUGAGUCAGGGUCAAAAAGUUUGGAUUCGUGACUACAGUAAUCCCAAUAAAGCUAGCUGGUCUCCAGGUACAAUUCGAGAACAGUUAGGCCCUAGGUCAUACUGCUGUACAUUGUUAAAUAAUAGAACAAUCAAAAGACAUCUUAAUCAAAUUCGACCACGCAACUCUAAUGAAGCGUCUGAAUCGGCAAACACCAUUGAAGUAUCUGAAUCAGAAGCUACUUCAAACAAUAGCGCUGAGGCUAAUCCCAAUACUUUGGUUAUAAAUGACCAAUCUACCAGCAAAAGUAGUAAUGAAACUAGCACUAAAGAGAAUACGCCUCAGACGGUUGAUGAUAUAACACCUAAGCGUGCCUUAAGACCACGCCAAGACGGCAAAGCC